AUGGACCAUAUGCUUUCAUCUAUCAAGUCUUUCCAUGAAUUACCAGAUACUACUAGGAUGCAACAUUAUAGUAGGGACACCUCUCAUGGUGUAGCCUACUAUACUAACUUUGAUUUGUACAAGUGCAAGGAAGCUAAUUGGAGGGACUCACUCGAGAUUCGCUUGGGUCCCACACCUCCAGAACCAAAGUACGUUCCGGAGGUAUGCAGGGAAGCACUAGCAGAGUGGGACGGAGAGGUGGUGAAGUUGGGGGAGGAGUUGAUGGGGAUGUUGUGUGAGGGAUUGGGGGUGGAGAGAGAACGGUUGAAGGAAAUGUCAUUUUUUGAUACGAGGUAUAUGUCUGGACAUUACUAUCCGUAUUGUCCCCAGCCGGAGUUGACGGUGGGUCUCAAGUGGCAUACGGAUCCGGUGGUCUUGACGGUGUUGUUGCUGAAUGAGGUUGCUGGGUUGCAAGUGAAACACGGUGAGGAUUGGAUUGAUGUGGAACCUAUCCCUGGUGGUCUGAUUGUCAACAUUGGUGAUAUACUUCAGGUCAAACAUGAGAUAGGAAAACCGUGA